AUGUCGGGCGAAGAACCUCGCGUACAGCCGGCCUGCAAAGCGCGCCAGCCACGGCAAGUCCGACGGCCCACGACGACGAGCAACGCGCUCGUCCAGGCGAACGUGCGGCGCGAACAAUACCCCCGGGCCUUCGUCGACAUCCUGCACAAGCGCGGGCUGGUUUCCUCGGCAACGGCGGGCCCUGCAGCGCCGAGCCCGCCACCUCCACCUCCUACCGGCCUCGUACCGCCAUCCCUCGCUCCCACAGCCCGCCGCCUGCGUCAAACGGAAGCCCAGGACGCCCCGAGCCUACGCCAACACCCCGCACAAGAGCGGGGUGCUUGGUUCUCGAACGGCGAGCCGUCCAGUGCCGAGCCCGCCACCUGCACCUCCUACCGGCCUCCCACCUCCAUCCCUCGCUCCCACAGCCCGCCGUCUGCGUCAAACGGAGGCCCAGGACGCCCCGAGCGUACGCCAACACCCCGCACAAGCGCGGGGUGCCUUGUUCUCGAACGGCGAGCCGUCCAGUGCCGAGCCCGCCACCUCCACCUCCUACCGGCCUCCCACCCCCAUCCCUCGCUCCCACAGCCCGCCGCCUGCGUCAAACGGAAGCCCAGGACGCCCCGAGCCUACGCCAACACCCCGCACAAGCGCGGGGUGCCUUGUUCUCGAACGGCGAGCCGUCCAGUGCCGAGCCCGCCACCUCCACCUCCUACCGGCCUCCCACCCCCAUCCCUCGCUCCCACAGCCCGCCGCCUGCGUCAAACGGAAGCCCAGGACGCCCCGAGCCUACGCCAACACCCCGCACAAGAGCGGGGUGCUUGGUUCUCGAACGGCGAGCCGUCCAGUGCCGAGCCCGCCACCUCCACCUCCUACCGGCCUCCCACCCCCAUCCCUCGCUCCCACAGCCCGCCGCCUGCGUCAAACGGAGGCCCAGGACGCCCCGAGCCUACGCCAACACCCCGCACAAGAGCGGGUGCUUGGUUCUCGAACGGCGAGCCGUCCAGUGCCGAGCCCGCCACCUCCACCUCCUACCGGCCUCCCACCUCCAUCCCUCGCUCCCACAGCCCGCCGUCUGCGUCAAACGGAGGCCCAGGACGCCCCGAGCGUACGCCAACACCCCGCACAAGCGCGGGGUGCCUUGUUCUCGAACGGCGAGCCGUCCAGUGCCGAGCCCGCCACCUCCACCUCCUACCGGCCUCCCACCCCCAUCCCUCGCUCCCACAGCCCGCCGCCUGCGUCAAACGGAAGCCCAGGACGCCCCGAGCCUACGCCAACACCCCGCACAAGAGCGGGGUGCUUGGUUCUCGAACGGCGAGCCGUCCAGUGCCGAGCCCGCCACCUCCACCUCCUACCGGCCUCCCACCCCCAUCCCUCGCUCCCACAGCCCGCCGCAUGCGUCAAACGGAGGCCCAGGACGCCCCGAGCGUACGCCAACACCCCGCACAAGCGCGGGGUGCCUUGUUCUCGAACGGCGAGCCGUCCAGUGCCGAGCCCGCCACCUCCACCUCCUACCGGCCUCCCACCCCAUCCCUCGCUCCCACAGCCCGCCGCAUGCGUCAAACGGAGGCCCAGGACGCCCCGAGCCUACGCCAACACCCCGCACAAGAGCGGGGUGCCUUGUUCUCGAACGCCGAGCCGUCCAGUGCCGAGCCCACUCCCCACCUCCUACCACCUUCGUAUCGCCCUCUCGUGGCUCCCGACCUCACCUGA